UGUCAAAAAAGCGCGCAAUUUUCCUACUGCCAUUCCAUCCGCUUGUUUGGAUAGAACCAGCCGCCGUAACAGAUGGAGCCGGCGGAGUUAGAAUUCAUCGGUGAAAACUCAUUAAUUAGUAUCAUACCCAACUUCAAUCAUGAUGCGAUCUAUCUUAUAUCGGGCACGAUCGAACCAUUUCGCGGAGGUACACCGCUGUACGUUCCAUUGUGGCUAGGCAUCCACCUUCGUCAACAACAAAAGUGUCGCAUCGUAGCACCUCAUUGGAUGGACAUCGAUCUGCUGGAAGAUAUCAAAGAAACCGAGAAACGUGUUAGUUCUUUUACCAAAAUGCCCAGUCCCAAUUAUAUGGUUGAAGCCAAGUUGAUACUCAACACCGCACCGGAAGACGUUCCUUCGUCGGACGUGAUCAAAACACUUAUCAAAGAUAUUUAUGAUGCUCGCUGUGCUAAGCUGCGAACAACGGUGGAAAAUUUCAUCAAAAGCGAAGGAUCGCACAUGGUCAAUUUGGAAAAUGUUACCGUGCUGGAGCUUCAUACGAUACAGCCAUUGCUUCCGCACGUAAUGGAUUUUUUGGGUCGCAUAGAACAAACGAAGAAGGUGAUUCGAUCGUUAAACACAACGACCCAAUCGUUCAGCCUUGGCGGAAGCAGCGGUUUGGGAACGUCCGGAUCAUCCAGACCUUGGUGAGCGAUCUCCUUCCGAUACAGUUAUGAUUGAACCAUAUUUUGAAAAUUGCUGAUCGUGCAAAGUGAACAACACGAACGUGUUAAAGGGCGUAGGAAGCCAUAAUACUUACAUAGUGAAUUUUUACAGUACGGAAUUCUAUAUGUUUUAGGCCAUAAGAUAGUUUUAUUUAUUGUAUAGCAUCAUCAGUCAUAAAGAAGUGUAGAACAGAAAAAUGAUCAUAUUCAAAACGCCCAUUCGGAUUAGAUAUCGCGAGAGUUUCGGCCAAUUCGACGCUUCGUGCUGCUGCUAUAUUUUGUUAUAAGCUUGUUUAUAAAUACAUAUAUUUGGCAAAACUCAAGAGAAGGUAGACAAUUUCUGAUCUAAUUCUCUUUUACGUAAAUAGUUCGGAACAGAUUGUACUUCCUCCGCAGCUAUGCGAGACAUUCUGUAAUGAAUGUCACGCAAACCGAAGGUUGUGUACAAGAUAAUGAUAUUUAUACUUAAGGUCCUUGUUUCGCUAUGUUUCAAUGCGAGUGGUUUGUGGAUGGCCCUGCAUGAUCGUUUCACGCGUAAAGCUAACGAUCGAAGAUUGCCUAAGCUCAUUUUUAUUUUCAAAAGAAUUCAAUUUUAUAAUCAAAUACCACCUGCUGGUGCACAAUCAUUGAUUCAGUGCAGAAAAUGGUGUGCUAAAGAUAGAAUUAUAUUAUUUAAUAUUUCUGUAAAUUAUUAUUGCUGACUACUCGUUCAUGAUGAUUUUUUUUCUAUACAUAUUGAGGUGCAUAAUUUAAUUUUAUCUAUUGAAAUUUUCAAGAUAUUGAGAUUCGCUGAGAUAAUGCUUAACGGUUUGAAUAAAACUAAUUCUUGAAUAGCAGACUGGUGCUGCAGGGCACAGGAACAUUAUCACAACGGAUAUAAGUAUAUAAAUGUAAAAAAAGAACAGAAAUAGCAGACAAGGUUCACCGACUUUCGGUGUUCUGAGUGAAGAAUGGAGCAAAUGAUUCAACACGAUUAUUGCUCAGUGCAUUAAACGAUCAUUUUACCUAUCAAUAGUAUUAACGCACGGAGUGGUUAUCAUAUGUACUUAGGCAUGUUAAAUCCCGGCUCCCGGUUGUAAAAAAUUAUGUUCUGUUCAACCGUUCAACAAGAACAUUUUAGGAUGAAAGUGUCACGUUUCUCUCUCUUUCUCAAGGCAUUUUUGGCUUGUCCACUUAUAUUUACCAAGUAACCGUGCCGCCCAAAUGUGUGAUAUAUGACUCUUAAAAAUAGUAAAAGAAAACACACAAAACAAAUUUUAAAUUUUUCACUU